AAUAAGUAGGUAUACAAUUGACGAAUGAUGGUGUAGAUAAAGUAACAGAAGCUCAGCGAAAUGAUAUACAACCAAAGGAGUUUGAGAUAAGCACCAAUUUACACUAUUUCAUUUUCACUUAUAUUCUGCUUAUUAUAAAUGUUUCUCUCUUUCAACACAACUUUGCGUAGAGUUGGUUCUCGAAUUAUUUAGUUCUACUUUUAAUUUUUUUUGUAUUUCUUUGGCUCCAUCAAGAUUAGUGGACAUUCGAGAUCAGCUCUGUAGGAUGGAUCGAAAGUUGCAAGUGACUAAAGAUACUCUUUUUCGCUGUUCAAUUUGGUUGUGGAAUGUUGAACGCUAGAUUAUUUUUACAAUCUGUUAUUGUCAGUUUCUCGAAGCUGAGAAUAUCAUGGUCUACCGUUUUUUGAAUGGUUUAUAUAUCUGCAAUAAUUGUAUCCUUCUGGUAACAAUUCUGAAAAUCUUUGUACAUCCAUGUUACAUUGUGUUAAACUGGUUGUCGUGGAUAAAGUUGUCGUGGUUGUGUGAAGUGAAGUUAGCCAUGUGGAAGCCUCAUUAUUUGCCGAUUAGUCAGACUAUUGUAAGUGUUUGGUUAUUGUUUUCAGUACCAAAGCUCCUCGGUUAAAGUUUUUGGGUUUAAUUGUAUUAAACUGGUUGGAUGUCAAAGGUAUGUUUGAUAUCCCUUUAGUGCUAUAACAUAUCUGGUUCUGAAGAAGAUCAUCUAUACUUACUUGGGCAGUUAUUUCUCUACGAGUUCUUACAUUCUAUUACUCAAUGUAUAAACCAGACACAAGAGGCCGAUGAAACUACCACAUUUAAAGACCUCAAACUGAACUUUGUCUUUCAAUUGCAUCGAUCUUGGAAUAAAGAGCUUAUAAGGUGAUAAAACAUUUGUCCAGUUCUUUUUAUUGGUGUCUUUAUAUUCAUAGAAUGAUCGAAUUUAUUCUCGCGGUUCACAUACAAAUUGAUAUACAUUGUCAGUUUCUGGACGCUGAGAAUAUCAUGGACUACAGUUUUGUGAUUAGUCUACAUAUCUGCAAUUAUUGCAUCCUUCUGGUAACAAUUCUGGAAAUCUUUGUACAUCCAUGUUGCAUUGCGUUAAACUGGUUGUCGUGGAUAAAGUUGUCGUGCUUGUGUGAGGUGAAGUUAGGCAUGUGGAAGCCUCAUUGUUUGCCGAUUAGCCGACUAUUGUAAAUGUUUGGUUAUUGUUUUCAGUACCGAAGCUCCUUGGUUACAAAAUUUUUUGGUGUACAUUGUGUUAAACUGGUUGGAUGUCAAAGGUAUGUUUGAAAUCCCUUUAGUGCUAUAACCUAUCUGGUUCCGAAGUAUAUCAUGUAUAGUUCCUUCUACAGUUACUUCUCUAGGAGUUCUUACAUUCUCGUAUUCAAUAUAUAAACCAGACACACGUGUGGAAGCAUCAUUGUUUGCCAAUUAGCCGAUUAUUGUAAGUGUUUGCUUAUUGUUUUCAGUACCGAAGCUCCUCGGUUACAAAGUUUUGUGGUGUGCAUUGUGCUAAACUGGUUGGAUGUCAAAGAAGAGGCGGACCCACAUGUAUCGGUGGGGUGCACGUGCAGUGUGCACCCGUUAACGUCAAAAAAAAUUGUGUGUAUAUAUAUGUAUAUACCUUGAGAAAUUGAAAUAUAAAUAAUAGUGCACCCGAUGAACUCCACUUCACCAUUGACCUACCAUAACUGAUUGUUAUUAAUUUUUAAAAGUAAACUUCAUAUUAUGAGAAAUAUCUUAGAACUCAUAUCCAUUCUAUGUAAUUAUUUUUGCAUUAUUGUUCAUGUCUUUGACGACCAAUUGAAUAUGAUAAUAUCCUUAAUCGGCCAUGAAAGUUUUUCUAACGUCUUAAGAUAAUAUUGGUGCACCACAAUAUUAUCAAAAGCAAUAAGCGUAAAAAAGCUUCAAGAUCUAUUAUGUUUAAGCACAAAGUACAAAUAACGUGUGAGAUUUAAUAAAAAAAGGCAUAAAAGGAGAAAAAAAUAUAAAUAUAUGUCUAGUCCAAGACUAAUAAUAUAAGUAUGAAUGACAAAUAUAUGAAUAAAAAAAUUAAUUUUUUUUGUAAAGUGAAAUAUCAAUUGUUUAGCAUUCGUCUCUUCAAAAAGCCUCAUUGACAAGGAAAAGUAUGUAUUAGAAAUUAGAACCGAAGCUGUACAUUAAACAAGGCGAGCACUCAACACAUUUUGAGUCUUGCUUCGAAGCUUAUGCGCGCCUUUGACAAUGCUGGUGCACCCACAAACUUUAAAUCUUGGGUUCGCCUCUGUGUCAAAGGGAUGCUUAAAAUCCCUUUAGUGCUAUAACAUAUCUGGUUCCGAAGUAUAUCAUGUAUAGUUCCUUAGCUUGGGCAGUUAUUUCACUAGGAGUUUUUACGUUCUCUUAUUCAAUGUAUAAAACAGACAUAAGAGGUACCAUAUCCAUGUUAAUCCUUCUCGACAUGGGUAUGUCUACAAUAUAGGGAGACCAUGUAACAAAGACGAAUCUAGACCUUGAACUCAGAAAAUCCUUUGCAUCCUCUAUAUUUUGUUUGAGAAAUUAUGGUUUCUGGGUUCUCUAUUUAUGCAGCCUUAUGCAGGAGCCUUUUUACUCUGUCCCCCUUGUAUGGAUAAUUCAACAAGAUACUCUAGCAAAUCGCCUUCCUUUCUAUGAAAGCAUGAGCUGGGAACAUCUUAUUUCUCAUUGGAGAGAUGCUUUUCGUAGGGCUAAUUUUAUUGUAUUUCUGGAUUACAUCUUGCCGAUGUUAUAUAGUGGGCUCGACACUGGAAACUAUAGUAGGAGACAAGGAAAACAUAUGGUUUUGGCAAAGAUGAUCUCUUCGUUCUGGUUUUGGACAGGUAGAAUUCUCGAACGCUGUAUUAGUGAUGUAGAUAGUUCUUAAACUAUGAUAUGAAGGGUGAUGUUAACGGUAUUAUACUGAUGGCUGACAUUGUCCUCUACUUCUCCCCCCCAAUAUGAACAAGAAUUUCCGCCCAUUCUAAUACGAGCUAUGUCAUUUGGAAUACCUAUUGUUGCACCAGACUUACCUGUCAUUAGGAAAUAUGUAAGUCGAUCAAGUGUUGGCAACUUUUUAAAGCUGAAAAGUAGAAUACUUUGCCUCUUAUUUUGUCUUCUCCUGAAGAACUCUGUAUUCAGAUAGUUCAUGAAGUACAAGGAAUCAUCUUCUCUCAACACAACACAACACAAUUCAAAUGAAUUGGUGAAAGAUUUCUCACAACUUAUAUCUAAUGGGAAAUUCACGAGAUUUUCUCACACUAUUGCAUCUUCUGGGAGGCUGCUUUCCAAAAACAUGUUUGCUAUGGAAUGCACUACAGGGUAUGCAAAGCUGCUGGAGAAUUUCAUAACUUUCCCAUCUGAUGUCAUACUUCCAGGAAACACCUCUCAGCUUAAGCAGGGCUCGUGGGAGUGGGGUUAUUUCCAAAAGGAUGUAGAGGAUAGUAAGGGCAUAGAAGAUCUUCAGAAGAAUCUAUUUAAUAGAAGCAUCCCAAGAAACUAUAGUCCGUGAUAGAUUUUGUAUAUAGAUGUGCACUGAUUUUCAUUAGAGCUGGAGACGUCAAAGGAGAAAUGCAUAACAACCAUUUCUUUGGUACCUUUAUAAUUGCGGCAAACAAUUUGUUGCAUCAUCCUUUCAUGUUCCUAACCAAGAACCCAACACGAUCAUCAAAAUCAAAUGCCAAGAAGAUAAAUGAUAGGGAUGGUUUUGGAUGUGUACUGAAACUUAAAUUUGGAUCAAUGGAAUGUUCUAUUAAGAUUUAUGAAUGGUCUGGAACAAGUUGGGAAACUUAUGUUGCACAUAAUGUUCAAGUUCAGUUUUACAUGGUGAGCCCUUACGUUUGGAAAACCAUGUCAACCGACCAGAAGGGUGUCUAUUAUACAUCAUUCGAGGUUCCAGAUGUUUAUGGAGUAUUCCAGUUUAAGGUUGAGUACGAUAAAUUAGGAGUCACAAGCUUGAGCCUUGCAAAACAGGCUAUUUACAAUAGAGAGACUGAUAGGAGUCGUGGAUUCGGGUUUGUGACGAUGAUCACUGUCGAAGAAGCUGAGAAAGUUGUAGUGUUGUACAACCGUUAUGUUGUUAUUUCCGUACUGCUAUUACUUCCUUUAUUGGGACUGCUUUGGACUGUCUACUUGAGCUGAGGGUCUGUCCGAAACAACCUCUCUACAUCCGAGCUAGAAGAGAACUAGCAGUACGGUUUUAGCACCCAUAAACUUCCCAAGAAAAUCUUGGAUUUAUGCUGCUAUUGAAGAGGACACUUCUUCGUCUUGUGAUAUUUUUGAUGGUGAAUGGAUAGAGGACAAUGAUCUUCAACCGCU